AGGCGAGGGAAGGCACGACUUGACUCGACGUGAGGGAGAAGAAUGGCACGUGUGCGUAUGUGGGAUGUGGUAUGGGUGGGUAUGGUGGUGGUGGUGUGCAUGGGCGGGCUGAAGCUCGCACUGGUGCCGAGCUACGCCUCGACCGACUACUACGUCCACCGCGCAUGGCUCGCCCUCACCCAUACCACGCCCAUGGCCGAGUGGUACACCGAUGCCACCUCGCAGUGGACACUCGACUAUCCGCCGUUCUUUGCCUGGUUCGAGUACCUCCUCUCGCUUGCCAUGCCGUACAUCGAGCCGUCGCUGGUCGUCAAGAUCGACGACGCCGGCGCCGCAGAGCUCGACGCGGCCUCACCCCGGGCCAAGAUCGUCCAUCGCGCCACAGUCAUGGUCGCCGAUCUGGUGCUGGCGCUAGGCGCGGUGUAUGCGGUGUAUGGCUUUUGGUACCCGUAUCCGCCGCGGUCGUUUGCAAAGGUCGAGACCGUCGACGACUCGGGCACUGCCGGCGGCAUCCGCGGCGGCGGCGGGGUGGCGGCCGGCGGAAGCUCGAUCUGGUCGUCGCCGCAGGCUAUCUCCCUCGUUCUCAUUCUGGGCUCACCGGCGCUGCUCCUGCUGGACCAUGUUCACUUUCAGUACAACGGCAUGCUCACUGGCUUGCUCCUCCUCUCGAUCGGCGGCGUGACGUCGCGGUCAGGCUACGCGCUGACGGCGGCGGCGUACGCGGCGCUGCUCGGCUUCAAGCAUCUCUAUCUUGUUCUGGGGCUUGUCUACACCGUUUUUCUCUUCAAAGCCGUUGUAGUGCAGCCGAGGGCGUCGCUCGGCUCUAUCUCCCUCGCGCGGUUUGCGAUCCUUGCUGGCAUUGUUGUGGCUGUCCUCGGUGCUGCCUUUGCUCCAUUUGUGGCUGCCGGAUCGGGGUGGGCCAUGCUUGAGCGGCUGUUCCCGUUCAAGCGAGGCCUUGUGCACGCGUACUGGGCACCGAACGUGUGGGCGCUCUACUGCGGCGCUGAGGUCGCGCUCUCAUCCGGCUCGGCAACGCGGCUCACAUCGGGCCUUGUGGGCGAGGGUGCGUUCUCGGUCCUGCCGAGCAUAAGCCCCGGCACGACGGCAUUGCUCACGGUGCUGGCCAUGCUGCCGUCGGUGGCCAAGGUCUGGCUGACGACGCCUGCGGGCGCGCUCGUCGCCGCCCCCCGCGGCGAUGCAGCGCGCUUCCUCCGGUACCUGCAGCGGCCGGCGAUUGUUUUUAUCCACGGCCUCGUCGAGGUCUCGCUUGCCUCAUUCCUCUUUGGCUGGCACGUCCACGAGAAGGCGCUCAUUGUACCGCUCAUUCCCCUCGCAGUCCUCGCGCCGACCUCGCCGCGCUACGCCGGUAUGUUCACCUUCCUCCAGGCCGUCGCGCACGUCGCGCUCUUCCCGCUCUUCCCGCCGGGCGUGCUCACCCCGCUCAAGAUCGGUGUCAGCGUCUGCUACACACUCUACAUCUACGCCAUGCUCUCGCCCGCUCUGCCGAAGCUGUACGUGGCGUAUCUCGUCGGCCUUGUUCCCAUGCUAGGCUUUGCCUACCUCGUCGCUCCGCUCGCCCUCCCCUCGCUCGUCUUUCUCCCGACCAUGGCCAUCUCGCUCUACUGCGCCGUCGGUGUCGUCAUGGCCUACCUCUGGAUCCUGCUGUACUAGCUUGGCCAGCCCGUGAUCGUUGAUCAUCAAUCAGGU